GGCGAAAUGGAAAAGUGAAUUAGUUGAAUAUUGCCUUUAUCAUGGAGCUGUGUGCAAGUCCCAGGAAAAACUCUUUAAUGUUACCAAAUACCGUUCGUACCAUUAAAAAAGGUCGUCGUGAAGAUCGGACGAAUGAAAUUAACGAGAAUGAGAGGAAUGGAAUGCUGCAAUUCACAUACGGUGAUCGUUUCAUACCGAAACGCUUUAGUUCCGACAACAUUGAAUACAAUCAGAAAUAUUUGCGGACUAAUGAGGAAAAGGACAUACUGCUAAUGAACUUUUCAACGGCCUGCAGAUAUUGGCGUCAAAGUAGAAUGAUGACUGCCAUCAACAAUACCUUUGAUCUUCACAGCCCUCGUCUGCUUCAGUUCAACAGUGUACGGAGUCAUCUGUCCGAGCAUUACAGACGCAAUCUUAUUGACAGAGAUUGGCCUUGUGUGCCACGCACCCACCCAUUAGCCUAUGCCAAUGCCACCCACGAGAUGCCCGAGAAUUGUGGCUCCUUUAGUCACAAUUUAAUGGACUGGUCGAUAAGUGGUCAAAUGGCAGUAUCCUUUGGACAGGACGUAAUCGUGUUUCAUAAUGAGCUAGAAACCACAAUGGUUUACUCUGUGACUCAUCCAGGAGCUCUUAAAUAUUCGCCAAAUGGCAGAUAUCUUGCUCUUGGCUGUAGAGACUUUAAUUAUCCGAUUCUUGAGCUCUGGAAAUUGCAGCCGGGUCAGGAGUUUCUUGUCAUCAAUGGGAAAUACUUGCAGAAAUGGAUCAAGUCAGUUCGUUGCAUCGAAUGGAGCAACGACAGCGAGAAGAUUGUCUGUGGCACUGAAUGUGGCCUCAUUCUAGUCCUCAGUGUGUGCUCAUUACGUACACUGCACAGAAUUCGAAAUCAUAAGCAUAAAAUCCAAUGCAUUCGCUACUCACCCAAUGGCCAGUAUUUGGCCACAGCCGAUGUGAAGGGUGAAAUCUGUAUAUUCCAUAGCAAGCAAUAUCAACUUUUCAUGGGCUUUUGUUUCAAGACUGGGGACAUUGCAUUCGACUGGCAUCCAUGGUCGAAUGUGGAAUUGGCCGUUUCUGAGAAAUCGCCGGCAUCCAUUUAUAUAUUUCAUGUGCCACGCCGUGAGAUUGUUGCCUUCUAUCGGAGGACGAAUAAGAAGGUCCUAAUCAACUCGAUAAAUUAUAGCAAGAUUACUGGGGAACUGCUCGUCAAUGUCUAUCGCUAUGAUAAUAAUGGUUGUCCCUGCUGUGAAAUUUUGGUACUUUCCUCGUUAAACCGUGUUGUAGACAUAUUGGGACAUCAGGAGGGAAACUUAUUCUUUAUGAUGUGGAGUCCAGAUGGCUCCAAACUCGCCGGGGCUGGCCUGGACGAGUCCUUCUCCAUCUGGAACUUUUAUCCCAAAGAUAAGAUUGAUGCCAAAGCCAACAAAAAAAAAUCGUGUGAUGUUAAACAGCGUAGUUCUUUAGAGCUUUAUACAUUAUUUAAGUGAUUUCCAAAUUAGUCUUUUGUUAUUUAUUAUGCAAUUCUUUUCUGUAUUUAUAUAUAUGUGUUUUUUAAAUGUUAGAAAGCUCCAUUUAUGGCUUGUUUAUAUACUUUAUUUCAAAAUUGUAAACAUACGCGUAUUUAUAUUAGCUAAUCAUUCAGUUUUUAAUUCAUUUCAUAAAUCUUCCAUUAAAAUUUCAUAUUAUUGGUUAACUUAAAGCUUACUCUAUUCUUUUACAAUGUCACCAUCUUCCCAAAAAUAAAAGAAAUAAUAAUAAAGUUGUUUGCAA